AUGGCAUCAUCCGACCUCUCCACAUCCCAAACCCCAAGCACUUCUGCCGCUGCCGCACCAGCAACCACCACCGCCUCUCCAACCGAAACCCUCACACCCCUCGAGCAGGAAAUCCUCGACGAAUACGCCCGCCUCCUCGGCAACCUGAAUAACAUGUCGACCCUCCUCGCCGAACUGAGCGCGAACCCCUCCGCCGAGAUACUAGACUCAUUGAGGGGACUGGAGCGGAAGACGAGUCUCGUCUUCACGCUGCUGAAGGCGAGCGUGUAUAGCAUUGUUUUGAAUCAGCAGUUUGUCGAUGGCGAUGGGGAUGGACAGGGCGGGGAGGAUGGUGAGGGGUUGGGGGAGGGGGUUAGUGGGGUGGGAUAUUAG